AUGUCUGUCUCUACCAGAUUGCAGGUUUCUCACAGGGUGCCCCUGAAAGACUACAGCUGGUAUGGGCCUUCUACAGAGCUAGACCAGGCCAGGAUGGCUGUAUCACUAUCAGCAGCUAAAACUCUCGCCUUUCAGGGUACACAGGAACAAGAGAUUAUGAUGAUGGAGCCAAAGGAAGAGGAACUGUCUUGGGAGUAUGAAACCAGGCUACCUGGGAACCACUCUACCAGUCAGGAGAUCUUCCGCCAGCACUUCAGGCAACUCUGCUACCUGGAGACUCCUGGUCCCCGGGAGGCCCUAAGCCAAGUACAGAUACUCUGCUGUGAGUGACUGAGGCCAGAGAGACACACCAAGAAGGAAAUCAAGGAGUUACUGGUGCUGAAACAAUUCCUGACUAUCCUGCCUGAGGAGCUCGAGUCCUGGGUGCAGGGACAUCACCCUAAGAGUGAAGAAGAGGCUAUAAUUGUGCUGGAGGGUUUAAAGAAAAGAUUUGAACCAGGACAGCAGGUCCCAGGCCCUGCACUUGGACCUGCACAGGAAGAGCUGUGGGAGAAGAAGGCAUCUCUGGGAGCAGUCCAGGAGAAGACUCAGCUCAAGUGUGAAUCUCAAGAGACCCAACCUUUCCCAGAGAGUGAAAAGAUAUAGUUACAUUUUGCAUCACUUAUUGCAGAAGAUGGCCCAGAGCCCAAGGACAAUGGAUCUUUGUCACAACCACCCAUAACAGAAGUGGAAUCACAGUUUUGGAGGCUAGGAAGUCCAUGGUCCAGGGAGUGCUCUGGUGAGGGCCUUCGGGGUGGGGACUCCCUGCAGAGUCCUCUGGCAACACAGAGUAUCACAUGGCAAGAAAAAUCUCAGAAGUAAGAAAGGGCAAGAAGCAAGAUAACCCUGCCUGGAAUGAAGAUGUGGACUGUUGGAGCUGUUGUUGAAGGGACUUGCAGACUGAGCCAGCCAAGGAGUUUGGGCAUUUGGUAGAGUAAGAGCCUCUUCCUGUCCCAUCUUCCUGCUGCCGAGUCUCCCUUGUACCAUGGUUCCCUAGGUGUGGCCACUGAGUAGGGCAGCCCCUUCUGAAGUUGCCCUGUGAGGACAGACUGGCUGGGGGGUGGAUAGUGUGGAAAGAGCACAAUAGUUCUUUCCUAGAACAUCUUUAAAAGGGAAGAGCAUUUUCUGUUCUGUUCAGCCGGUAUCUGCUGAGCAGAAGUCUUUGCAUUGUACCGUCUUCACCUAACGAGCACACAGUGCUAAUAGUAGUAAUCACUUCAGCAAUAGUGUGUGGCUUCUUGGGGCAGGCAGCAAGUACAAAUCCCAGAUCCAGUACUUACUAGCUGUACUGACCUUGUAUUAGUUUGCUCCGGCUGCCAUAAUAAAGACUGGGUGGCUUAAACAACAGAAAUUUAUUUUUUCACAAUUCUGGAGGCUAGAAGUCUAAGAUCAAGGUGUCAGCAGGAUUGGUUUCUUCUGAGACCUCUCCCCUUGGCUAGUAGAUGGUCAUCUCCCUGUGUCUUCACAUGGCCUUCCCUCUGCAUAUCUGUGUCCUCAUUUCCUCUUAUAAGGAUGCCAGUCAUACUGGAUUAGGGUUCAUCCUAAUAACUUCUUUUUAACUUAAUUACCUCUUUAAAGACCCUGUCUCCAAAUUAAGCCACAUUCUGAGGUACUGGGGGUUAGGAUUUCAACAUGAAUUUUGUGGCACAGACACAAUUCAGCCCAUAACACCUUGGACAAGUGGAGGAAAUGAUAAUAUCUAUAGGUAAUAAAUGGAGAUUAAAGGCAGUAAUGCCUAGCCCAAUGACAGGAAUAAGUCAGUCAGUGUUUAAAAAAUGUUAACUUAUAUUAUUAAUAUGAAAUUGCUGAAAGGCAGCAGUGUCCCAAGUGUGUCUUAAUAUUCCAGAAUCUAAAAAACCACCCAGGGAAUAGGUUAAGUAGAGAAGGAAAAUAGUAUUUGAUAAGCAUCUCAUACAUGCCCAGUCUUUGACAUUCCUGUUCAUAAGGGAGUGGUCUCUUCCACCUGCUUUCAUAUGGAAGGGAAGGAGUCUGGCAGGUAUGGAGAUCCGAACCCUUGACCUUGGUGUUAUCAGCACCACACUCAGCCAAUUGAGCGAACCAGCCAGUCCUGGAAGAGAAGUCUUAAAUCAUGUGGUGGAUGCUUUUGUAUGCUGUCAGGAGUGCUGCCUGCUGACACCUGUCCCUCCCCAGGAGUUACCCUAGGCUAUAGAGAGCUGCUUCAGCCAAGCUUAUGUCCCCUCCCAGGAGCAGCCCACAUCUAAUCUGUGGGGCUGCUGGGGGAGGGUGAGAAAAGGGGAUGGGUUCAAAGGCCUGGCCACCUUGCUUCAAUGGGAACCAUCUCUGAAAGAUCUUUGCAGACUUCUUUUGUGGGGCGGAUGGAGGCUUCAUCACUUUUAAUUUCUCCUUCUACCAUCCUGUGGCCCCUUUUCUCUCACAGGUGUUCCCCAAAGCAUUCCCCCAAUAAA